AUGAGUAUAACUCCAGUUUUAGAUGAAUCUGUUUUUAAAAAGUGGAAUUCUCAUUCGAAGGUAGAAAACUUAGAGAACUUUUCUUUCCCAGUGAUGAAGGGUCCUAACAAUGUGUCGGUCAGAUUAGAUCUUUUUCCCGAACAUAAAAAUCAUACGAGUAAUAUGGAAUUGAACUCAAUACAGAAAAAUAAGGAUGGCGAUUGUGAUUUUUCGAAAUGGAACGAAACAGAACAAUUGAACAAACAAGUAGUUUUUAUUAAUCCGGAAUGGGACGAAAUUGAAGAGGAAAAAGCUGGAAUAUCCUCCAUUUUAAAGAGUAUAACGCCGAAUAUAACAGAUGAAAAAUCAGUGCCAUCACAGGUGACCGAACUAGUAGUUACGGAUUCGGAAAGUGUUUCAUCGGUAACAGUAAGUUUGGAUGAAUUUGCAGAAGAGACUGAGGAUUUUGUAGCGGUUAUAUCUGAUUCGGAAGCAGAUUUUUUUCAUGCAGAACUCCUUCCUCAAGUCGAAGGACACAAAGAAGAUAAAGUAACUGAAAAAUUAUUUGAUCAUAUGCCAGAAGAUGCACUUUUACCAAGAUCCAAACCCGAUGCUGCUACAACAAUAAUGAAUACCACCGAGGUAGAUAAUUUUUCUUCUGCUCUAUUACAAAAUGAUAAUAAUAAAUACAAAAGUUCUGGUUCGAAAUCAGAAAAUAAUAAAAAACGGGAAAGCGAAAUAUUGGAAUCAUCCAAAUUGAUGAGUGCUGGUUGUUACGUUAUGCAAAAUGGUAAAAUAAAAAAACCGUUUUACAUAGUAAAAAACCCCACAUUGAGGGAUGAUGCAAUGUAUAAAAAUAUUAUAAAUAAAAAUGAAGAAUUGAACAGUAAAAAAAAUGUUAAAUUUCAUAAUUCGAGUACUAAAAAUGAAGAAGAACGAAAUAUUUUACCACUCGGGAGAAACACGGUAAAAAAAAAGGAAAAUUACAGGGAAACUCAAUUGACUGAAUUUGGGGGUAAUCAACAAUUCAUAAGAAUGGUCGAACAUCCAAAUAAAGCCAAAAAAAUAGUUGUUAAUAAAAUAGGAGAAAAUAAUAAAAUUUAUCAAGAAACUUCAAACUCUGGGAAAAAACAAAAUACGGACAUUGUUGAAGAUGUUUUUGAGGGAAAUCAAUCAUUUAAUUCAAUGGGAAAUUCCUGCGAAAGUGACGAUUUGAUGUGGUUGUUAGACUUUAAGUUGGAUGAUUUAUUUAGUGAAAGUGCUUUACCGGCUUUAUCACAGAUCGAUGAUAGUUUGGACCAAUAUUCCGAAUUCCCCGGAAAAUUCAUCGAUGUUGAUGGAUCAAUAACUAAUUUUAACGAAUUCGAUUCCGAUGAUAAAAUUAGAGUAGAAAUAGGUUGCCAAACUGAAACUGCUACAUCGAAAACACAAAAAUUUUCAAACAAUAAAAUCACCGGUGGUGGAAAACAACAGCAAAAGACUGAUGGAAAAUCGGAAUCAUCGUUGCCCAACAGAACUUUCAGCGAUUUAAAAUGUUCUGAAAAUAGAAAACCACCCUUCACCUACACCGAAUUGAUAGAAUGUGCUUUGCAAGAAAAAGGUCCUUUGACCGUAUCCGAAAUUUAUAACUGGAUAUCGGAAACUUUUCCGUAUUAUAAAUCAUGGGACGACCGGUGGAAAAAUUCCGUGAGGCAUAAUUUAUCGAUAAAUCCAUAUUUUAGAAAAGGUACGAAAGCAAGACAAGGUUCAGGACAUUUGUGGACCGUAAAUAGAUCCGAUGAUAAUUCUAAAAUAAAUAGUUGGGCAAGUAAAAUAAAUAAUUUAAUACAUAGAUUUCACGAAUUUGAAGAAUUUAGCAAAAGACUGAGGUUCACGGGGGAAACAGUUAAAAAUGAGGAGUCACCGGGGAGCGUAUCACCAAAUGGUAUUUACGAUGAAACGGAAAUAGCAACAGCAAGUAUAGAAGAUAAAGAAAACAGGAGAUUACAUAGAGAUGUUCUUAUGGCGGCUUGCUUUGAUAAUAAUUUUAUAUCUGCAACUAAUUUAAGCUUAGAACAAUCAGCCGAAGAAAUAUUAAGCGGAGUUAAAAGAAAUGUCGAAGUUCAAUAUUUAGAACCGGUUAAAUCACCUUGCGAAGAUGGUAAUUUAGAAAAAUGGGGGGGUGGGGGUUAA